AAAUCGCCGAAGCGAGCCGAACGGGCUGGCGUUCCUCUUUCGGCUGUUUCCGGCGGCUGGCGAAGCGGAUAAGCUCGGGCGAGGACGAGUCGUUCGGCUCAUUUCGGAGACGGCCAUUAGUAACGGCGUCGAUGAGUUUUUAUUAGGUGCCAAAAACAGAGGGGUAUCGCACGGAGCCGCAGCCCCUCGGGACCGAUUUAGGCUCUAAAAUCCGAGCUAUUUUUUUAAUUAAAGCCCGGAGGUGCGGCCGGGUAGAGCAGGAGGAGGAGGAGGAGGAGGAGGGCGCUCGUAGUGCGCGGAGCUGAAUUUCAAAUUACGUAAGAGCUGCGGCAGCCAUUGCUGAGGGCCGAGCGCUGCGCCGGGCAGGGGCUGCCACCAUGAAGAACAUGAGGGAAAAGGAGCAGUUGAGAAAGCUGUUCAUUGGAGGUCUGAGCUUUGAAACAACAGAUGAUAGCUUGAGGAAUUACUACGAGCAAUGGGGCAAGCUUACAGAUUGCGUGGUAAUGCGGGAUCCUGCAAGCAAAAGAUCAAGGGGGUUUGGUUUUGUGACAUUCUCCUCGAUGGCCGAAGUUGAUGCAGCCAUGGCUGCGAGACCUCACACAAUUGAUGGAAGGGUGGUGGAGCCCAAGAGAGCUGUGGCUAGAGAGGAAUCUGGAAAACCUGGUGCUCAUGUUACUGUGAAAAAACUAUUUGUUGGUGGUAUUAAAGAGGACACCGAGGAGCACCACCUUCGUGACUACUUCGAGGAAUAUGGAAAAAUUGACACUAUUGAAAUCAUUACUGACAGACAGUCUGGUAAAAAGAGAGGGUUUGGGUUUGUUACAUUUGACGACCAUGAUCCUGUGGAUAAAAUUGUAUUGCAGAAGUAUCACACCAUUAAUGGCCACAAUGCAGAAGUAAGGAAAGCCCUCUCUAGACAGGAAAUGCAGGAAGUCCAAAAUUCUCGGAGUGGGAGAGGAGGGAACUUCGGUUUUGGUGAUGCCCGUGGAGGUGGUGGCAACUUUGGACCAGGACCUGGCAGCAAUUUCAGAGGGGGAGCUGAUGGGUAUGGGAGUGGCCGUGGGUUUGGUGAUGGGUAUAAUGGAUACGGCGGAGGGCCUGGAGGUGGCAACUUCGGUGGCAGCCCUGGUUAUGGAGGAGGAAGAGGAGGAUAUGGUGGAGGAGGACCUGGAUAUGGCAACCAGGGUGGGGGCUAUGGAGGUGGCUAUGACAACUAUGGAGGAGGCAAUUAUGGAAGUGGAAAUUACAAUGACUUUGGAAACUACAACCAGCAGCCUUCCAAUUAUGGUCCAAUGAAGAGUGGAAAUUUUGGUGGCAGCAGGAACAUGGGGGGACCAUAUGGUGGAGGAAACUAUGGUCCCGGUGGCAGUGGAGGAAGUGGUGGAUAUGGAGGGAGAAGCCGUUACUGAGCUUCUGCAAGCUUGCCAUGGGCUUCACUGUAUAAAUAGGAGAGGAUGAGAGCCCAGAGGUAACAGAACAGCUUCAGGUUAUGGAAAUAACAAUGUUAAGGAAACACUUAUCUCAGUCAUGCAUAAAUAUGCAGUGGUAUGGCAGAAGACACCAGAGCAGAUGCAGAGAGCCAUUUUGUGAAUGGAUUUGGAUUAUUUAAUAACAUUACCUUACUGUGGAGGAAGGAUUGUAAAAAUGCCUUUGAGACAGUUUCUUAGCUUUUUAAUUGUUGUUUCUUUUUAGUGGUCUUUGUAAGUGUAGAAGCAUUCCUUUGAUAAUGUUAAAUUUGUAAGUUUCAGGUGACAUGUGAAACCUUUUUUAAGAUUUUUCUCAAAGUUUUGAAAAGCUAUUAGCCAGGAUCAUGGUGUAAUAAGACAUAACGUUUUCCUUUUAAAAAUUUAAGUGCGUGUGUAGAGUUAAGAAGCUGUUGUACAUUUAUGAUUUAAUAAAAUAAUUCUAAAGGAAAUAUUGUGUAAUUUUAGAUUUUUUUUUUAACGUUGUAAAAUAAGGAAAGGAGUGGGUAGUAUAAGGUCCCACAAAUAAUACAAAGCUAUUGUUGUACGUGUAAAAUUAAAUGCUGGUCAGAAAAAAAAAAGUAUGUUGUCUUUAAAUGAUCAGGUUUAAAGUAUCUAGAUAACUUAAGGGGUAUCUCUGCAAGGAGAAACACCUUUUUAGAUCUUUUAGAUGCUGCUUCUUCAAUGGCAAGGAAAGGAAAUAUCCCCAGCGAGGUACUCUUCCAGGGACACAGGUCUAGUACAAGAGAACUCUUGAAAACGUCACUAAGUUCAGCCAGUCUUAAAAAGCUGCGCUGUAUCUCUGCAAAGCUUUAACUACAAUAGUUGUAUAAGGAUGCCAACGAAGGCUGAGGGAGUAGAGCAAACUUAGUUCUAAGCUUCAGUUAAACUUCUUUAGCUAUGAUAUGAAUCCUGGACAAGCAUAGACUGCUGCCACUGUACUCUGCUACAGUUGAACAAAUGAGACCUGCAAGUGUCCAUUAGUAAAGCUUUGCAAGGGUUCCAUCCCUGGUGUUGGUAGUUAAAAUGGAAGGUGCCAUGCUGCAGGUAACUAAUGAAGAAGUGGUCAACCACAGAAACGCUUCAAGAAAUAAGAAAUUCUGUAUCAUCAGAAAAUAGUUGUUUUUGCUGCCUUCAUUAAAAACCUAGUGGUUAAAUGAAUACUGAUAAAAUAUCACAAUUAGUACAGCUCCCUGUAAUGCUGGGUUUUUUUAAUUGAUAGUGAUAAUUGUCUUGUAAACAUUUCGAAUAAAACUCAGAUUCGUUAGGAGCAACCAAUUACUAAUGUUAAAAUAGCGGACAUUCUGUGAGCUGAAGGUUUAACUACAUAUUUUUAUAACUUUCAUAGCUUUAAAAUAAAGUAUUUUUUUAUACCAAA